AUGGACAUUGCGUCGGCGGCAGCGAUCGUAAAUUCGAUCAAUAAGCUCGAGAACAAGGGCAAGGAAACAGUCAAGGUCGUCGUGCGAUGUCGGCCGUUGUUUGGGAAAGAGAUCGUGGAAGGGCGGCAGUCGAUCGUGACGAUGGACUUGGCGGCGGCCGUCGUCUCGAUCAAGUGUCCUGACACCGACCAGCUCAAGAACUUUACGUUUGAUUCCGUGUACGAUGAAAACACGGUGCAGCGCCAAUUCUACGACGAAUCAGGGUACCCCUUGGUUGAGAGCAUCUUUGAGGGGUACAACGGCACGAUCUUUGCCUACGGACAGACCGGGUGCGGGAAGACCCACACGAUGCAAGGCAAGGACAGCCCUCCCGAGCUCCGCGGAGUCAUCCCGCACGCGUUCGACCACGUGUUCGACAACAUCAAUGCCGACACGGAGCGCGAAUACAUGGUCCGCGCCACGUACUUGGAGAUUUACAACGAGGAUAUUCGAGAUUUGCUCAGUGACGACUCGAACAAGCAAAAGCUCGAGCUGAAAGAAAGCGCCGACGGCGGCGUGUACGUCAAGGACUUGACUGAGGUCGUCGUCCGUGAUGUCGUCAGCAUCAACAAAGUCAUGGCCAGAGGAUUCAAGAAUCGAACGGUCGGCGCGACGUUGAUGAACGAAGGGUCGUCCCGCUCGCAUUCGAUCUUCACGAUUGUGGUCGAAGUCAGUGAGAAAAUCAAUGGCGAGGAGCGGUUUCGAGCUGGCAAGCUGAACUUAGUCGACCUUGCCGGGAGUGAGCGGCAGAGCAAGACGGGGGCCACCGGCGCGCGAUUAAAGGCACGCUGGCGACGCAAUCUUCAUCUUAUCAACUUGAGUCUAUCGGCUCUCGGAAAUGUCAUUUCUGCCCUCGUGGACGGCAAAGGCAAACACAUUCCGUAUCGAGACUCGAAGCUGACAAGGCUGCUUCAGGACUCGUUGGGUGGCAAUACCAAGACUGUGAUGGUGGCAGCCAUCAGUCCAGCAGAUUACAACUUUGAGGAAACCCUGUCGACCCUUCGGUAUGCGAACCGCGCCAAGAACAUCAAGAACAAACCGACGGUCAACGAAGACCCGAAGGACGCAAAGUUGCGCGAGUACAAGGCCGAAAUCGAGCUGCUCAAGCAAAUGCUGGCGCAGCAACAGGGCAGCAUAACGCCCCCAGACUCUGCGACAGCGCCCUUCGUUGGCCGAAGAGGUGCCUCCCCGCACACGCAACCCAUGACGCUCGACGAGGAAGCAAGUGCAAUCUUGGGUCGUGUCCCGACGCCGCCACAUGCAGCACCACACAACGACAGCGCCAUCCACCGCAGCACCACUGACCGCGAGCGCGAGCUGAAUGUGAAAUCGCAGGAAUUGCAAGAACAGAUUCAACGGGAGAAGGAGGAAAUUCAACGGCAAUUGAAGCUCGAACAAGAAUCAAUCGAAAAGGCCAAAGCAGAUGCAGCCGAGAUGAUGGAAAUGGCGCGUCGUAUGAUGGCCGACGUGCAAUUGGCGUCGGCAUCGUCAACGCCACAGUCGCAUGUGACGCGGAGGGUACCGACACCGCCACUGCAGCCCGUUGUGUCAAGUCCAAUUGUCGUGGAAUCGCAAGAGUCGCCUCCGCCUCUGGAAGCCCCACUGCAGGAAGCUUCCCCCGUCAUCCUUGCUUCGACCUCAGUCAGUCCUCCGGAGGCAUCUCCGUCGCGCACGACGGAGCUUGCCCCACCAACAUCCGAGCCAACCCAACAUGUUGCGACCCCUCCUCCGCAUGAACCGACACGAGAUGUAGAAAAGGAACUCGAAGGCCAACGGCUUCAACAAGAGCAGGUCGACGCGCGUGAACGGGAGCUCCAAUCCAUUCGGGAAAACGAGAUCGCGCGCACGCGAGAGGUGGAGGAGACGAAAGCGAAGGCUGCCGAGAUGAUGCGUAAAGCUGAGCGCAUGAUGGAGGAAGCGAUGGCGCGGGCCGCUCAGCCGCCCAAGGUGAAAAUUGUCAAAGAGGUCGUCGAAGUCGUCCGGGAGGUCGUGCCCGACGACCACGUAAAGGAAAAGGAAGCGCUAAAAGAGAUGAACCAAACCAUGCUCAUCCAUCGCGACCAAAUGGCCAAAGAACUCGAGCGCACUCACCUGGCAAUGGAACACCAUUUGCGGGAAAAGUCCGAGCUCGCCAGCAAACUCGCCAAGAUCGGGUCACAGAUCUGUGGCACAAAGCAUGACGACGACAAAGUCGAUGCCGAGGUGGCAAUUUUGAAGCAGCAGGUCGAGUUUCGACGGGCGCAGAUCAAGCUCAAGAUGAAAAAGAAAAAGGAAAUGCAGCUGGAGAUAGCGCAGCAAGCACUCCAGGCCGAGAAGCAGAGUGUCGAAGAAGAACUCAAGACGGCCCAAGAGCAAGCGCAGGUGAACAAUGCUGCGUACAAAAAGAAGCAAUCCAAGUACAAGGCAAAACUGGAAGCGGCGAAAGAAGAAGUCGCUGACUUGCACAAAGAGUUUGCGCGCGAACGCGAGAGCCUCAUGGACACGAUCCACCAGCAAACUCGCGAAGUCAAGCUCAUGGAGCAGCUCGUGGAGCUCUUUCUCCCACACAAUGAACUGAUCAAAGUGUGGGAAAAGGCAGUGUGGAAUGAUGACAAGGACGAAUGGCAACUUCCACGCAUCAAACCACGCGGCGACUUCACCAACAUGAAGCUUCCGUCGCUUGGAGGAGGCGGGUCGGCAGGCUUUGCCCCCAUCGACCGCCCUUUUAGCGGAGGCGAGACAGGUGGCGCCGAGGUCUGUGGCACCGACAUACCCAUGAGCAAUCGCUCCAACAAGUCACGAGGCAAAACGCGCGGAAAAAUCGACGCCAUCUCAAGUCGAGGGGAAGAUCAUGGCAUGGACCUGUUGAUUCCGCUGAACGACGUAAAGACCAAGUUACCAAGUGCGACCAAGAGCGCGCGGCGGGACAAGUGCGACGAUUCGAUCGAAGGCACGUCAAAAAAGGCAGCAGCGUCAUCGUCGAGGAAAAAGGAGAAGAAGAAGAAGGACAAGCUGCCUCGAGACGACGCGCUGCAAAACAACGGAGGCGGACCUCUAAACAGUCUCAGCCCUUCGCUCGAGCCUUUGAUUCACGCUGAUGAAGCAACGACACCAAGCGACCAACUCGUGUGCCCAGUCGAUAUGGACUACCAGCCGCGCGACCGACUUCAGUCACGGCAAGGGUCUCGUCAAGGCAGACGCGUGGCGGAUACAAAAUCGUCCGGGCUCGGCGACACAGAGGACCCUCCGGCGCGGCGUCGGCGCAAGUCGGCGCAUAAAACCCCCGAUGACGACAAGGACGCCGAUGGCGAGGGGAAAUCAAAGAGGAAGAAGAAGCGUGACAAGGGGGACAGGACCAAAGAUAGCGCGCCUCCCGUGUCAGCGCCGUCGGUCGAUGUCAACCUGGCCCACUCCCUGGCGGCACCAUCCCCGGAAGACCCCGACAACGACGACGUGUGGGAGGACUUUCCUUAA